AUGGACGUGCUCCAGAAAGUCAUCGAUCCCCUGCAGCCCUAUCUGCGCCCCGUCAUCUCCUCCAUCCCCGAGCCUGUGCACCAUGCCGUCAUCUCCAUGAUCGGAUCGCCCUGCCACAGCGCGCUGUUGCUCGACCUCGACGUGACAAAGGACCCGGCCUGCACGUCCCUGGCGAUCUCCAAGGCCCUUGGUAUUGCCAUUGUUGGCGCCAGCGCGAUCGUCAAGGUCCCUCAAAUCCUGAAGCUGAUCAACUCUCGCUCGUCCGCCGGCGUGUCGUUCGUCUCGUACGCGCUGGAGACGGCCAGCCUGCUCAUCACGCUGUCGUACGGCGUGCGCAACCACUUCCCCUUCAGCACCUAUGGCGAGUCGGCCCUCAUCGCCGUCCAGGAUAUCGCCGUGGGGGUCCUAGUUCUGACAUUUGCCGGCCGCUCCGCUGCGGCAGCCACCUUCGUUGCCGUAGUCGCAGCGAGCGUGUACGCGCUGCUGUUCGACCAGACUCUGGUCGACGCGCAGACUAUGGCGUAUCUGCAGGCCGGUGCGGGUGCGUUGGGCGUCGCUAGCAAACUCCCUCAAAUCUUUACCAUCUGGCGCGAGGGAGGAACCGGACAACUGAGCGCGUUCGCGGUCUUCAACUACCUCGUCGGAUCUCUUUCCCGCAUCUUCACCACGAUCCAGGAAGUUGACGACAAGCUCAUCCUCUACGGAUUCGUCGCCGGCUUUACCCUCAACGUCAUUCUCGCCGCGCAGAUGGUGUACUACUGGAACGCCCCGGCGACCAAGAAGAAGGGGACUCGCAAGUUGGCAGACAGACCGACCGUGGGCCAAAGCACCGGCGUGUCUCCUUCGCCUAAGGGCAAGGGCCCGACCACGCGACGACGGGGUUAG